GUCGCGGUGGUUCGGUCUGUUCUUGGUGGAGUUGUGUUGUGUGAAACAUAAAGAUAAAAACAGAGACAAGCUUGGGAUGUCCAUUCGAGAUUCUGGUAACAAUGGAAUAGAAGCGUUCCUUGAGCCUGAUGAGCUGUCAAUAUUCCCACUUGAACAAGUAAUUUUGGAAGGGAUAACAGUCCUGAAAAGAUGGGUUUGAAGUAAUGCAGAGUAUUCGUGUUUUUGGUGCGCAUUACCUCGGUCCAGGUCUCUUUGUACCUCAAUGAAUGCUUCCUGACCAUGCACAAGGCCUGAAGAACUUGUAUCCAGACCUGGAAAGCUCUUUACAGCUCAGGAGCAAGAAUGUUUAGCGCGACACAAACCUCAAAAACAGAGUUCCUGGAUAAGGCCCGGGCUGCUCGGGAGGAAAGGAAAGGGCAGAAGGAACGUGAGCGUGCAGCCAUUCGGAUUCAGGCUGUGGUCAGGAGGUAUCUCUGCAGGUGUCGGCUGCUUCGAGAAAUCAGACAAGAAAUCGAUAAUUUUUUUGACGUCAGUGAAAGCAACUCAUCGAAAAGGAAAGCACUCGCUAUAUUUAAAAUCACAAGGAAAUUGCUCUUUGUGUUUCAUAUGAAAGAAGAUUAUGAGAGACUUCAGAAACUGUGUCGCUGUAUCCUUCAUAGCAUGGACGUAGAGAAUGAAUCCAAGGUAUGGUAUGUCUCAAUAGCACUCACCAAAGACCUCACCCUGCUGUGGAUCAAACAAGUGAAAGACCUACUCUGGCUCUGUUGUGAAUUUCUAAAGCAGCUAAAGCCAGAUGUUCUGCUGGACUUCAAGUUCAUCACAUUGUGUCUCAGCAUGCUGACCACAUUCACAGAUGCCUCGAACUGGAAAAUACUGAGGGGAAAAGGAGAAGCCAUGAGACCUGCCAUGAAUCAUAUUUGUGCUAACAUCAUGGGACAUCUCAAUCAAAAGGGAUAUUACACAGUGCUGCAGAUAUUAUUAACAAAUGGGCUAGCAAGAUUCAAACCAUCUCUGUCAAAAGACACUUUAACAGCUAUUUUCACCCUUGCAUUACGACCAAUGAUUGCUGCACAUUUCUCGGAUAACCUGCUGCGGUCCUUUCUACUGCAUAUCAUGUCAGUCCCCGCGCUGGUGAUGCGUCUCUCUGCCAUAGUACCCGAGUGCAUGUCUACAAUCCAUUCCCAUGAGCUGCUGCGAAAAUUUAUCCUGUUUUUAAGUCGAGAUGAACAGUGCAGCGAUAUCUGUGUGUGCCUGGAGGGAAGCCAUACACUUUGUUUGCUGGGGAAUCUAAUUUAUCUGGCCUAUGUCUCGGAGAAGGUUUUGGAGGAGGAGACGAAUCAUUUUGUCAGUGGGCUGACUGCAAUGUUGACAUAUUGCCAGCAAUAUGUAUCUCAGAAGAAGUCGAACCUGACACACUGGCAUCCAGUACUGGGCUGGUUCUCACAGACUGUUGACUAUGGGAUGAAUGAAGCGAUGCCAUUAGUGACCAAGCAGCUGCAGUACUUGUGGAGUGUCAGGGUCAUUCGCAUGUUGUUUCACGAUGUGCUGAGCAAGAAAUUAACUGAGACUCAAGACAUGAUGCACUCACCUGCUCAGUUCUCCAGCACUUCAAAUAACAUUCAGGUCAAAAAUCUCUUCAGACGAGCUUUUCAAAAGUCAGCAUCCAUGCGGAACAUUUUGAAACCAGUUGGUGGGAAACGUGUGGACUCUCCUGAGGUGCAAAAAGUGUGCAGUAUCUGUGUGUUGUAUCAGACGGCAUUGACCACCCUCACCCAGAUCCGACUCCAGAUUCUCACUGGGUUAACCUAUUUAGAUGACUUGUUGCCCAAAUUGUGGGCAUUCAUUUGUGAACUGGGGCCCCAGGGGGGCUUGAAGCUAUUCCUUGAGUGCCUAAACAAUGACACUGAGGAAUCCAAACGACUUCUUGCAAUGCUGAUGUUGUUUUGUGACUGCUCACGGCACCUUAUCACGAUUUUGGAUGACAUUGAGGUGUAUGACGAGCAAGUAUCAUUUAAAUUGGAAGAGCUGGUCACCAUCUCCUCUUUCCUAAAUAGUUUUGUAUUUAAAAUGAUCUGGGAUGGUAUUCUGGAAAAUGCGAAUGGAGAGCAACUGGAGCUGUUCCAUUCUGUUCACGGAUGGUUGAUGACCUUGUAUGAACGAGACUGCCGACGACGCUUUGCUCCUGAGGAUCACUGGCUGCGCAAGGACUUGAAACCCAGCUUGAUAUUCCAGGACUUGGAUAAAGGCAGGAAGAGAGCUCAGUUCCUAUUGCAGUAUAUUCCUCAUACAAUUCCACAUAAAAAUAGAGUGCUGCUUUUUCGGAAUAUGGUAACGAGGGAGAAGGAAUCACUGGGAUUGGUGGAGACAAGUUCUGUUUCCCCUCACGUCAUCCACGUUACGAUCCGCAGAUCUCGAAUGCUCGAGGAUGGAUAUGAACAGUUGCGGCGAUUACCUGUGAACACAAUGAAAGGAGUCAUUAGAGUGAAAUUUGUGAAUGAUCUUGGAGUAGAUGAAGCUGGGAUUGAUCAGGAUGGUGUCUUCAAGGAAUUUUUAGAAGAAAUCAUCAAGAAGGUCUUUGACCCUGCUCUGAAUCUCUUCAAGACAACAAGCGGAGAUGAACGACUAUACCCAUCCCCCACCUCAUACAUCCAUGAAAAUCAUCUGCAGCUCUUUGAAUUUGUUGGAAAGAUGCUGGGAAAAGCUGUCUAUGAGGGAAUAGUAGUGGAUGUUCCCUUUGCUUCCUUCUUCCUCAGUCAGGUUCUCGGACAUCAUCACAGUAUGUUGUACAGUUCCAUUGAUGAACUUCCAUCCCUGGACUCUGAGUUCUACAAAAAUCUCACCUCCAUAAAGCGUUACGAUGGUGACAUUGCUGACCUCGGUUUGACAUUAUCCUAUGAUGAGGAUGUUAUGGGUCAGCUUGUUUGCCAUGAGUUGGUACCAGGAGGGAAAACGAUUGGGGUAACCAAUGAAAAUAAAAUCAGUUACAUACACCUCAUGGCUCACUUUCGAAUGCACACUCAAAUUAAAGAUCAGAUGGUUGCUUUCAUCCGAGGAUUCCGGUCCAUCAUUAAUCCAGAGUGGCUCCAUAUGUUUUCAACUCCGGAAGUGCAGCGUUUAAUUGCUGGAGACAAUGCAGAGAUCGACUUGGAGGACCUCAAAAGGCACACAGUGUAUUAUGGUGGCUUCCAUGGCAGUCAUCGUGUCAUUGCCUGGCUCUGGGACAUCUUAGCUCAUGACUUCACAGCAGAAGAACGAGCCAUGUUUCUCAAGUUUGUCACGAGCUGCUCUCGGCCACCACUUCUGGGCUUUGCUUACCUUAAACCUCCCUUCUCCAUUCGUUGUGUUGAAGUUUCAGAUGAUCAGGACACGGGAGACACACUGGGGAGCGUGCUGCGGGGUUUCUUUACCAUCCGCAAAAAGGAACCAGGUGGACGGCUGCCAACUUCAUCGACCUGCUUCAACCUCCUGAAGCUUCCCAACUACAGCAAGAAGAGCAUCUUGAGAGAGAAACUCCGCUAUGCAAUCAGUAUGAACACUGGAUUUGAACUCUCCUAACUCUGUAAAAAGGACACAGGUGCUUAUACACCAUUCUUUGCAAUUGAUCUUUGAUUUUUAAAACCACGAACUGGUUCAGGGCAACACUGAAUACCAAGCUCUCUUCACUGUUCAACUUACUUCCUCGGAAGGGCCAUGGAUUUUAAUCUACUGCCAACAGGAUUCAGGGUGUCUAUGAGCCAACUUUAUAUAUACACUAAUAAUUAAGAUUUAACACAUAUGGUAUGUAUCCAAGAUUGGAAAAUUUCUGUAUAUUGUGUACAUUGCCAAAUAUGGUUAAAAAAAAACUUCCAGAUAUUCCUUGAAGGCUAGAAGAGAACAUCUCAAAGCUGAGAAAACAGUGCAGAAUCAGUCAUGAUGUUGAAGGUUCAACAGAAUCAUUUCCAUCUUGUUCUUUUCAUUAAGCAUUUGAGACAAUCACUGAAUUCAGUCCGAAUUAGUCAACAUUUUGUAUUGUACAAUCAAUGCACAAAAAUGAAAAGGCACUGUUUUAAAUUCUGUUCCUACAUUCCUUUAAGCUGUGUCUAAUCUAAAAGAAAAUUCAUUGAUAAAGGAUGCAGCAAGUUCUAACACUGAUCCCUAUUCUGGCAUUAGAUUUUGGCUAAGUAUGAACAGCAGAUUAUAAAUGUUUAUUUUUUUUUAAUUUUAACAAAGUGAAACAUAAAUAAUGUGGAAUUUUCCAAAUGUUCACAACCACUAAAUCACAAAUAUUUCAGGAGGGAUAUUGGAUUAGCUCUAGUCUUACCAUUGCUGUAAUAAGGCAGCAUCUUUCUUUUUUAAAAAUUUACCUUGUAUAAUAGUCUAUUUAAUGUAAAAAUCUUUUUAUUGGACUUUAAUGCAGCUAAUUUGACAACUGCAUGGUCUAGCUUAUUUCAGGAAAUAAGAUUUGUGUAAUAUUUACUAUUUUGAAUAGAAAGUUAGAGAAGUUUACUGUAUGAUAUGCUGAAGUAAUUUAUGACUAGCCUGUGAACAUCAGGCAUAGCAUGUCUAUUUUAAACUGGUUUCUCCAUUAAAAAGUUCCCCAUGAUUUUUAAUAAAGAAUCUGUUUGAGGUUUUGGGUAUCAUAAAAGUUCUGACGGACCAUAAAUGCAGAUCAGCUAAUCAGAAUACAAAUCACUGUUGAUUGGUAACAUGCUGAUGAAGCUAGUAAGCAGACAAUUAUAUAAAAUCAGGCACUACAAGACAGUAUCUAUAUUUAGUUUCUUCAUGACA